UCCUGGCAGUCAGCCUGCUUUAGAGACCAUUAACCAAAAAUCCCUUGGUCCACACCCUUUCUAAAUUUAGGCAUUCAUUCAGAGUCUCAAACUCUAAGAGCCAGUCAGGACACGGGUUGCUCUUUCUGGGAUAGGAGUACAUUCUGGAGCAGAUACUUUACUCCUAGCUUAUUAUUUGACCUUGAGACCUGUGGUUGGUAUUGUGAAGUCGUACAUACACUACAAGUGACUUUUUUGUUGUAAAAAGUGCUCUUCUUAAGACAGUUUACAAAAAGGAAAAGGAGAAGGAGUGAGUGAGUAAAUGAAGAGAGGGGAAGAGAGGAGGAAAAAAGUUUCUAUUUUAGCAGCUGACGGGGGAAAAACACCCAAUGAAAUAAGGUCAUAGCUGACUUCUGAAUGGUUCUGGACUUGUUUCUUGACACUGGCGACUUGUCUUCUAAGACCAUUAUGUAGAUCUUCAAUGGAACUGCUCUGUUACUUUGUUCUGAUUCCAAAAGUAAAAAGGAACAACUGCACUCUAGGGGAAUUUUGUUGAAUAAGGUAGUACUUAUGCCUCUGCUAUCCAGAGUCACAUUUCGACUGAGUUUCUUUUGAGUUUUGCAGUCCUUUUUGCUCUCAGUAAGAGAGAAUGUGCCAGGACUCCUCAAGUAGCUUAAUUGCUCUGGUCAUUUAUCUCUUUCUUGAGGACCAGCUUUAAAAAUCAUUUUGAUACUCAAAAAAAAAAAAAUUAAAGUAACAAACUGUUUCUUUAUAAUAGAACUUCUAGUUAGUUGGUUUGCUGGUGUCUACAUUGGUUGGCUAUUUCCUGAGAGACCUGUCAUUCUGUCUUUGUUGCCACUGGUUAUUUUUAAGUACUUUGACUCAUUAAAAACGUUUUUGGCUUUUAAAGGAUGGCCAUGAAAAUGAGCACAACUGUCCUUAUUUUUGACUCGUGAAGAACUUUAAUGUAUUUAGAAAUAAUGCAUUCAUUAUUCUCUUAAUUUACAAGAUGAAGUAAACAAGCUCCAGUGCUCCCCACCCCACCACCACACCAGUAAAAUUGCCAGUCUAAAAUCCGUUCAUGUCUUCUUCAUCUCUGCUUUUGCUUUUAAUAGUAUAAAUUCUCUAGUAUGGUCUUCAUUACUCACAUCACUUCUCAGGAUCUGUGAGCCUGGGUAGGGGUGGGAUCGUUUUCUUGUUUGGGGUCUGUAAUUAAAUGAGACCUCAAACAAACCUUUUAGGAAAACAAUACAUCUGUCAUCACCAUAGGGAAAAAGAAACAACAGAAGUAUCCCACCUUCCGUCAGCUUAAAACCCUAAGGUUGUCAAUCUGAGCUUUGGUCCUUAAAAGGAAGCAGUGUUCACAUUCACCUGUUCCUGGUAUUAUAAACCUAGUUUGCUUUCAAUUUCUCGUAAUUUUGAGACCAGAAAGAAACCUUUACUAUGCCCCAAUUACUAUAGAAACCUCUCCAUACUUUUAAAUUUGCAUUUUUGAAUGUAAGCUGUAGUUUGCAAUUCUUAAUAUUCACCAAUAAAUGUUGUACCCUACUGAUUCUCUUUGUAUAAUGAAUAUGCAGAGCACACGGGUAUUGUAAAUCAUUUAAAAAACACUGCGGGAAAGUCACAAGGCCAAGAAACUUACUGUAUGUAUACCAGGAGAAACAUAUUUCGAAUAAAUCAACAUAGCUACAUGCUAAAUGGAGCUACUUUCAUAACUGAGUAGGUGACACCAUUUUGACUGAAUAUUGGCAAUUACAUAUCUCCUCUAUAAUUUACCUUUUUAUUUUCUUUCCCUUACAACUUUUAGGUAGAACUUUAGACUUCAUAGCACUGAAUUAACCUGCACUGAAAGCUGUUUACCUGCAUUUGUUCACUUUUGUUGAAAGUGACCAUGUCUCAAGUUCAAGUGCAAGUUCAGAACCCAUCUGCUGCUCUCUCAGGGAGCCAAAUACUGAACAAGAACCAGUCUCUUCUCUCACAGCCUUUGAUGAGUAUUCCUUCUACUGCUAGCUCUCUGCCCUCUGAAAAUGCAGGUAGACCCAUUCAAAACUCUGCUUUACCCUCUGCAUCUAUUACAUCUGCCAGUGCAGCUGCAGAAAGCAUAACCCCUACUGUAGAACUAAAUGCACUGUGCAUGAAACUUGGAAAAAAACCAAUGUAUAAGCCUGUUGACCCUUACUCUCGGAUGCAGUCCACCUAUAACUACAAUAUGAGAGGAGGUGCUUAUCCCCCAAGGUACUUUUACCCAUUUCCAGUUCCACCUUUACUUUAUCAAGUGGAACUUUCUGUGGGAGGACAGCAAUUUAAUGGGAAAGGAAAGACAAGACAGGCUGCGAAACAUGAUGCUGCUGCCAAAGCAUUGAGGAUCCUGCAGAAUGAGCCCCCAUCGGAGAGGCUGGAGCUCGGGAAUGGCAUCCGAGAUCAUCAUCUCCUCAAAAGAGGAGACUUGGCCAAUGCCCAGGUUCUUCUCGAUGCCCUUUUUCCCAAGCAGCAGUGGUGUGGAGAAGGAGAAGAAGCGGGCGCCGGCAUACGCCAUGGAGAGGGUGGCGGAGCCUGCUCCGGCUUUAGCCUUGACUACCUCCGUGCUGGCCUCCUGGAUCCGCCCAGUGAGCGCCGUCAGCUGGUCCUGGGGAAAGUCCACCUUGGGGGUGCACUGAGAGAUCAGGGGGAUGAUGGUCUUCCCGGCAUGGCCACCAGUGACAGGGACGUUGACUCGAGCUGGAUCCAAACCCUUCAGCUCUGCAACAAAGGUGUUGGCUCUGACGAUGUCCAGGGUCGUCACGCCGAAGAUCUUGCUGGGGUUGUACACUCCGUGCUUCUUGAAAACUUCUGCUGUGAUGGGGAUGGUGGAGUUAACCGGAUUGGCAAUGAUGCAGAUCAUGGUUUCUGGGCAGUGCUGGGCACAGGCAGCAGCCAGCGUGGCCACAAUCGUGGCAUUGGUGUUAAACAGCACAUUGUUCUGGGCCGAGGUGCCGAAGCUGCGGCGGAGAGCAGCGCUGGCAGGCCAGGCGAGGGCGGAAAGCAUGGCUGGAGCGGGAGGGGCGCCGACGGGCAGACACAGGAGCUGCUGACAGAAACCAGUUGGAGAAGUAAGAAGAAAGGCGAGAAAGCAUUUGAAAUGAUCCCUGCUUCAUUUCAUUUAGUAGGCCGUGUCCUUGAUUCCCCUUCCCUUUGUCUGUGUGAAGUGUGCCAGCCAGUGUGCCUUGCAGCUUUUAAUAAGUGUCUGUCCGCUUUCACUCAGUCUUUCCCUCUGAAACAGGUGGCCCGGGAGAGUGGCCCACCCCACAUGAAGAACUUUGUGACCAAGGUUUCGGUUGGGGAGUUUGUGGGGGAAGGUGAAGGGAAAAGCAAGAAGAUUUCAAAGAAAAAUGCCGCCAUAGCUGUUCUUGAGGAGCUGAAGAAGUUACCGCCCCUGCCUGCAGUUGAACGAGUAAAGCCUAGAAUCAAAAAGAAAACAAAACCCAUAGUCAAGCCACAGACAAGCCCAGAAUAUGGCCAGGGGAUCAAUCCGAUUAGCAGACUGGCCCAGAUCCAGCAGGCAAAAAAGGAGAAGGAGCCAGAGUAUAUGCUCCUCACAGAGCGAGGCCUCCCGCGCCGCAGGGAGUUUGUGAUGCAGGUGAAGGUUGGAAACCACACUGCAGAAGGAGCGGGCACCAACAAGAAGGUGGCCAAGCGCAAUGCAGCUGAGAACAUGCUGGAGAUCCUUGGUUUCAAAGUCCCGCAGGCGCAGCCCACCAAACCAGCACUCAAGUCAGAGGAGAAGACACCCAUAAAGAAACCAGGGGAUGGAAGAAAAGUAACCUUUUUUGAACCUGGCUCUGGGGAUGAAAAUGGGACUAGUAAUAAAGAGGAUGAGUUCAGGAUGCCUUACCUAAGUCAUCAGCAGCUGCCUGCUGGAAUUCUUCCCAUGGUGCCCGAGGUCGCCCAGGCUGUAGGAGUUAGUCAAGGACAUCACACCAAAGAUUUUACCAGGGCAGCUCCGAAUCCUGCCAAGGCCACGGUAACUGCCAUGAUAGCCCGAGAGUUGUUGUAUGGGGGCACCUCGCCCACAGCCGAGACCAUUUUAAAGAAUAACAUCUCUUCAGGCCACGUACCCCAUGGACCUCUCACGAGACCCUCUGAACAACUGGACUAUCUUUCCAGAGUCCAGGGAUUCCAGGUUGAAUACAAAGACUUCCCCAAAAACAACAAGAACGAAUUUGUGUCUCUUAUCAAUUGCUCCUCUCAGCCACCUCUGAUCAGCCAUGGUAUCGGCAAGGAUGUGGAGUCCUGCCAUGAUAUGGCUGCGCUGAACAUCUUAAAGUUGCUGUCUGAGUUGGACCAACAAAGUACAGAGAUGCCAAGAACAGGAAACGGACCAAUGUCUGUGUGUGGGAGGUGCUGAACCUUUUCUGGCCAUGAACCAUUAUAAAAUCCCAACAUAUAUACUGAAAAUACUGAAACUGCUUUGAAAAUUUGGAAUUUCUGAUACCUCCAGUGGGCCGAGAGACAUGGUGGGUAAAGGAUGUGGGCAGCAGCAGGGAAGACAACAGACACGAGGCGGCGGCUGUGGCCGGGCUGGACUGUGCUGGGGUUUGUUGUGACGGCCACUCGGUGACCUGGUGGUCCCUAUGCAAUAGCAGCUGCCUGUGGGGAAGAAGGGCAGCCCAGCCAGCUGGUUCUCCCGGGACACCAGCAGAUCCACACCCUGGGCACCUCCGUGUUUGGUCUUUUUCCCCCUGUGUGAAAGAAGAAACAGCGUGACCCUUUCUCAGGCUGGCUCACUCAGACACAUGGGGACAAACCCUGGACAGCCAUGCCAGAGAGAGGCCUUUGACCGGCCCCAGAGCUAAAAGCACCAGAGAAAAUCAAAUGCUUCCUACUCAGCGUGACCCAACUUUUCUAGCGUGCUAUGGCCCCACCACCUCCUGCAGUACCCACACCAUCACCACUGCUUUCUCUUCCAACAGUGAUCUGUAUUCUUAGUUUCAUUAUUUUCUUUUGAUUGAUAUGACACUAUAUAAAAUUUUCAUUUGAGAGUUUCUCAAUUGUAUCUAGUUAUAUAGCACAGUUUGGAAACUUGUCUGAGACUGACUUUAUCAAUAAUCUAACCGACAAAGAUCAUAUCCAUGUGUAUGUGGUUAGAUAUUUUUAUUUAAUUGACUAACCCAGGACAAUUUCAGUGAUGCAAAUUGUGUGCCCUCUGGUUCAGCUGAAACAGUCCUGGACUUUCAAAAACCUUGAAUAAGUCUCCCACAGUUGUAUAAAUUGGACAAUUUAGGAAUUUUAAACUUUAGAUGAUCAUUUGGUUCCAUUUUUAUUUCAUUUUUAUUUUUGUUAAUGCAAACAGGACUUAAAUGAACUUUGAUCUCUGUUUUAAAGAUUAUUAAAAAAAAAUUGUGUAUCUAUACAUACAGCUCUUGAGGACUUAGCUUUCACUACACUACAGGAUAUGAUCUCCAUGUAGUCCAUAUAAACCUGCAGACUGAUUUUCCAGAGUGCUCGAUACUGUUAAUUACAUCUCCAUUAGGGCUGAAAAGAAUGACCUACAUUUCUCUAUACAGCUGUGUUGCUUUUGAUGUUGUGUUAUUGUACACAGAAGUGUGUGCACUGAGGCUCUGCGUGUGGUCCGUAUGGAAAGCCUGGUAGCCCUGCGAGUUAAGUACUGCUUCCAUUCAUUGUUUACGCUGGAAUUUUUCUCCCCAUGGAAUGUAAGUAAAACUUAGUGUUUGUCACCAAUAAAUGGUAAUACUAAAUUUUUUUGUUAAUUUAUUCUCAAAUGCCACUACUGCUAGGUUGGUCCCCUCCCAACUUGCCCCUAUCCUUUUAUUUUUAAGAAAAAACUUUGUAAUGCUUGUGAUUCCAUCUGGGCAAAAAUCUGAAGAUCUGAAAUAACUUUAUAUCAAACCAUUGAUCAAUAAACAGCUACUAAUGAA